GUUUAUUUAUUUAUUUAUUUUGGUAGAAAUACUACACUUCCAUACGCUAGGUGAAUUGUCUGCUCGCAGAAAAAUAGUUCGACCGUGGGGAGAUUCAAGGUGCAGGUGAAUGUGAUUCGAAAACAUAUGCAUUAUAGGUCACACACCAGUAAAUCUUUUUAUCCAUAUAAAACUGAUAUAUUUUUAAAGAGCUACCAAACAUAGCUAGACCCAUUUCAGAGAACAAAUCCUUACCUCAUUUUAAAGAGUGAUGAUAAAACUGAUAUAACAUGGCGGGAAAAGUAGGGGUCAUAUAUCUUUUAAGAGAUAUUUCUCUUGUCACAUUUGCUUACAGUAAAAUCACACAAAAAAUACACUGCUGUGACUUGGAAGUACUACUCAUACUAAAAUUGAGUUUCACUUCACCAAAUACAUCCUCCUCUCCCAUUUUUUCUACCAAAAUGAAAUUUAAUUAAAAGCCAGCUUUCAUUUAGACCUCUGCGGCCAUGCCAAGUGACAUAAUAGUGUUCAAAAACCUGUCCGCCAUUACGCGAUAGACCAGAUGGCUCCCACGCUGGUUCCUUUACUAUAGUUAGGGCUUAUACACUUUGUUGCAGAGUUUCUUGCAUAUUAAGUGCAUCCUGCAAUAUAUACUAGUGGCAUUUGAGCUGAAAGGAUAUUGCUACAAGAAGACUGCUUUGGAGUUAAUCAUCCUCUCUGUUAUUUGUCAAAGAAGUUCAAUAAGCGCCGGAAAAAUUACUCUACGAUUGCAAAAGAGUGUCUAGCUCUUAAUUUGGCAAUAAACCACUUUGCAGUCUAUCUAGAAUCAGAGAUUGUUGAGUCUUUCACUCAAAGAGUUUAAUAAGAGUAUAUUCAACAUAUCAAGGGCAACGAUAAUGUUAUACCAGAUGUCUUAUCCAGGAUUUGAACCAUGCUCUGUGUAGUUUACAAAACUUGAUGUUAUUUAGUACAUAUGUUAUAAUGGUAAAUAUGAUAAAAUGAAGCAUUCAAAUUUUUCAUAUACAUUUGUAUUGCGUGUGUUUCAUUUAUAUUAUAUAGUAAAAUUAAAAGAAAGUUUAUAUAGUAAAAUUAAAAGAACGUUUUAUUACAUAAAAUUACAUUUUCCUUUAGUUCGGGGGGUGUUAUGUGCAUAUCAUUCCCCAUUUUGCUUCAUUUUAUAUUUUUUCUAUAUUGAUGACUCAUUGUUUACUGUAAAGCAUGUCCUAGUUUUGAGACAUCACGUAUGUCAAUAAAUCAUUUUUUAUUCUAUGGUUUUCUACAAGGUUCCAUCAGCGGAGUGUUUACAUCAUUUGUUGGUUAUUCUUUUUUAUCCUAGAAUCUUCUUUUUUAUUCUUGGUGUUACAUGAAAUGCUGGAACCUUCCAUGGUGCUUUGAAUAGGAAACUGCCUGAGGACAGGGCAGAGCCUCAGUAAGAUCUUUCUGAAAAACUUUCCUGUAUUUCUUGGUAACAAAAUAUUACCAGUGUUUGGGCAUUUAAAAUUUUAUUGAUUUACAUUAACAUUGUGGGCUUAAAAAUAUCUUUAAGGAGAUGCAUUUCUUCCACAGCUGGUGUCUACAAUGUCUAACAAGGAUGUGGUUUGUCAACGUUGCUCAAAUAAUGACGCAAACCUCAGGCAAUGUGGCCGCUGUUACGCUGUUUAUUACUGCUCCAAGUUGUGUCAGAGUGUCGACUGGCCACACCAUAAGGCGAUAUGUGUAGAUAAUCGUCAAUCGCAUAACAAAAACAAAGAAGCUGGCCCUCAGUCGUAUAGCAAGGACAUGGAAACAAGAAAUCUGCCAAUUACCAAAGAAAAGACACUUAAAUCAACGGAUAUGCCCUCAACACAUAAGGGAAAUGGCUCAGCAGGAAAACCAGCGAAGCCAAAAACGAUUGGUAAAUAUCCAUGUGAACACUGCAGGUCGCCAGGGGCUUCUAAAAAAUGUGCAAGAUGUCAAACGGUCGCCUACUGCUCAAGACAGUGUCAAAAAGCAGACUGGACUAAUCACAAGUGCAAAUGCGAACAGAAGAAUCUAAAAGAAACUUUAACACUGAAAUUGACUGAGGAAGAGGAGCGAAUCAUCAAAGUCCAUCAAGAAAGAGAUCUAGAGGCAAAGGUAAUGACUUUAUACCACGAAAUGAGUGCUGGAAAUUUCACUUUGACUAAAAAUUACACUGCACCGGUUGAACGUUUUUACGAGACACUUUCGUUACAACAAGCACUCAAGAGGGCAAAACGACCAGACGGUUCCCUGAUAAAGGCUAAAACAUUGGCCGCAGAUUUGUAUCCUGCUCACGAUAUUGUCACAGAACUUGGCGAUGUCCCAGUCGAAAGAGUGGACAUGCUGACUUUCUUACUUCAAAGACGAAAGUAUAUACUGGUGGCCUUCAUGUAUAGAUAUCAAGAAAAUGUAAUGAGACAUGGAAUAUACAUCAAGGAUGCCAAAGACGAAGAGAGUAAAGUAGAAUUUUAUCUGGACCAAUAUCACGAUGAUCCCUCUCCUUUCUUCAGAUACUCACAAAUUAAACCCGGUGGUUACAUAUGUCUUAAAAAUCCAGUGAUACACCAUUUCCUAGACAGGACAUAUGGUUUUCGAGUAAAUAACCCGGAUGAAGUAAAAGUUUUGGAAAUGCAAAUAGACAGAAAAUAACAAAUGUGGUUGUUGAUAUUAGCUGUUAGCAAACGGCUAAAUGGAAUUUUUAUACCGUUAUGUAAUAUUUCAGUAACAGUGACAGUACGUUUAUGAUAGAAAUUAUUUCAACAUAUUUUUGUAAGUAAUGUAUAUAAAUAAGAUAAGGUGCAAUUUCAUUGGUGUGACCUUUUCUUUAGUAAAAUAUUUGCAAAUAUUGUAUGUCAAUAAAACCAGAUUAUCAAGUCUU